GGGAGGGGGAGGGGGUUGCGCUGUGGCCGGUCGGCUGGGGUCACGCGCCUUCGUGCGCGCACGAUGGGUUUGGAGCCCCUGGGCCUCAGCCCGGAGCCGGAGUGCCGACUCCCAGCCUGGGGGCCCCGCCCGGCCCUCUGGUGUGGGGGGCGUGCUCCGCGAAGGGGAAACUGAGGCCGAAGAAAGUUGAGUACGUUCCCCAAAGUCACAAAGCUGAGUUUGGCCCAGAACCUAGGAUACCCACCAGCCCACUCUGUCCACCAUCCGGAAGAAUCGUCCCCGUCCUUGACUUCCCAUUCUGUGCGCCUGGCUUCCCUCUAAGUGAACACAGAAAAAGCACCAGCUGUGUGCUGGGAGUACCCUGGUGAACCUGGGGAUAAGAGGAGCCCCUCCUCCUAUGAAUUCAAACUACCUACUUCGGGAGGCAUGCCAAGCUGUGCUCAUGAGAUAGGAUAAGAGCUAUGAAAUGAAGUGUCAGAGGGGAAAGGACAUUUGAGCUGGGUUUCAAAGGUACAGAGCCCCGGGGUCAUGCUUGACCUUCCUCAGCCAAGUAUGCAUGCCAGGGAACCCCCUGGCCUAUUGUCUCCAGCGCUGCCUCUUGCCUCCUCUGUCCUCAUGCUGCUGAUGAGCAGCCUGUGGCUGGUGGGGGCCGGCCCCAGCCUGACCCUGGCUCCGGAGCUGCUGUUGGACCCCUGGCAGGUGCACCGGCUGCUGACCCAUGCCCUGGGCCACACGGCCCUGCCUGGCCUGCUCCUGAGCCUGCUGCUCCUGCCUGUCCUGGGCUGGCGGCAGGAGUGCCACCUGGGCACACUGCGAUUCCUGCACGCCUCUGCCCUGCUCUCCCUAGCCACUGGGCUGCUGGCUGUGCUGCUGGCAGGCCUUGGUGUGUCCAGUGCAGCUGGUAGCUGUGGAUACAUGCCUGUCCACCUGGCCAUGCUGGCAGGGCAAGGUCACUGCCCUAGAUAUUCCCAGGGGCUGCUGCCACCGUGGUUGCUGCCAUGGCUGCUGCUUGCCCUGACCCCCCUGCUCAGCUCCGAGCCACCCUUCCUGCAGCUCCUUUGUGGCCUCCUUGCUGGCUUGGCCUAUGCUGCCAGAGCCUUAAGGUGGCUGGAGCCCUCGGAGCAGCGCCUACAGGUGAUGCAGGAGAGCAUCUUGUGUAGGACCCUGGCUAGGUGCUGGCCUUUGAGGCUCCUUCCCACCCCAGGCAGCCUGGCUGAGCUGCCUGUCACCCUUCCUGCUGGAGCGAGGUCUGCCAUCCCUGGAUCUCCUUACCAAGUCUCCCCUCCGCCCUGGUCCCAUGGUGAUGGCACAGCCCAGCUCCCGCCAGGCCCGGGGCCCGUGCAGCUGACCUGGGAGGACCUGGAGGUGGGCCUGGACUGGGCUGGGUCCCGCUUCCCCCCAGGGGCCCCGAUGUGGGCCGUCCUGGAUGAGCAGAUGCUGCAGGAGGGGAUUCAGGCCUCACUGCUUGACAGGCCAGUUGAGGAGACCCAAAGCCCACUGUGGCUGCCCAAGUCCUCAGUGUCCUCUCUGCGGCUGCAGCAGUUGGAGCGCAUGGGCUUCCCCACAGAGCAGGCAGUGGUGGCACUGGCAGCCACAGGCCGUGUGGAGGGUGCUGUGUCACUGCUUGUUGAGGGGCAGGUGGACACUGCGCCCCUGGUGACCCAGGAGGAGGUGGCUGCCCACUGCAAGGGCCCUGGGCCUCCCUAACCCAGGCAGAGGGUGGGGGCACAGGCUUGGCCUAAAGGCAGGUAGCCUGAGUCCCUGCUCUGUCCACUGAGCCACCGUGGGAUACUGGGGCACCCCUGGGGGCAGGGGAGGCCCCAGAGCAUGCUGCCUGGUAGCUUUUUUAAGAAUAAAAGCCAAUUCAUUUUCCAA